AAUAAAUAAAAAGGGCUAUAAAUCAAACUUUCUUCACAACACCCACACACACACAAAACUUCCUCAAAAUACAGAAGAAUAUCGUUAUACAUACAGAUUUUCUAUAUCUAACCUCCCCUCCUCUCGAGCAUACACACAAGAAAAUCUCAUCACUCGACACACAGUACACGGGAAUAGCCUGCAAAUACUGAGAACACUCAACAAUUGGUUUGUGGUUUCUAGAAAAUUCGCACAGCGCACGAUUUUGACGGAGUCCUGAAACGACAGCGCCACUCGAGGCGGCGUCGAGAGCAAGGACUAGGGUUUGUUUUUUCUUUCGUACAUAUGAGCAUCGAGGGUAUUCGUUUUCGUUAAUUGCAAUCCAAGAAUUUGGGUUCAGUCUAUUGUUGAAGUCAUUGAUAUACAGUGGUUCUGAUUUUUUGCUACUUUUUUUUUCUAAAUUACUUGGGUUCUCGAACCCUAGGAUUCUAUGGUAUUCUCCUUUCUGUUGGCAGGAUGGAUUUUAGGGUGUAGGGUUUGAAUAUUUUGGGGUAUUUAUUUGAUGGGUUGUUUUUGAGGAAUUGCUCUGUUUUGCCAGAGGAGAGUCUUUUUGCCGGUUAUUGGUUAUUGGUAUAUGAGAGUGCUCCUGGGUCGUUUCCUUGAGCACUUAGUCCUGUAGGAGCAGUAACAGCCUUUGGCACUGCUGUUUGUUUGGGAAGUGAAUGUUAACAGACUUAAGAAUUUUCAAUUAAGGGAUAGAGGAUUUCUUGAUUGACUGCACGAGGUAUAUAGUAGUUGUACAGCGAGUGAAGAGAGGAAGAAACCCUUGCCAUCUGUAAAGGACAGUUCAGAUUCUUUAAUUUAUCCGCUUGUUCUUGGUGAAGUUUUACGAGUUGCGUGGAAUUUUCUUGUUGCGUCCUCGAUACUUUUUUCUUGAAGCACCAAAAUUUGGGUACCAACGUGAUACAGGUGGCGUUACUGUAUCCUAGACGCUAAAUUAGGUACAAAAUUGAAUUCUAAUAUUAGUCCAAAGGGGCUGUUAAUUCUAUGGGGGUACCCGUUGGCACGUCACGGUUGACGCGUGUGUCAUUAAUUGGAAAAGACUUGUUGGGUUUCUUUCCCCUUUUUCCUUGUGUAUGAUAAUGUUUGGCACGAGUUAUGGAAAGAAGUGAACCUACCUUAGUACCAGAAUGGUUGAAAAACUCUGGUUCAACUGGUGGUGGCUCUAAAUCUCAUACAGAUGAUCACGCUGCAGCAAGGGUUUCGAGGAACAAGUCGUUUGUGAAUAAUAAUGGCCGCGAUGUUAGACGAUCUUCUAGUUCUGAGAGAACAACCUCUUCAUUCUUCCACCGGAGUUCUAGCAGUAACAGUUCUGGUAAUUUUAGGUCUUACAGUAGUUUCAGUAGAAACCAUUGUGACAGGGAAUGGGAGAAGGACACAUAUGUUUAUCGUGACCAAGACAAGUUGGCCAAGGGGGACUAUAGGUAUCGAGAAUUUUCAGACCCUCUUAGGAACACAUCUGUGGGUAAGUUCGAGAGGGAUGGGCUAAGGCGUUCGCAGUCAAUGGUUUCAGGGAAACGUGGGGACACAUGGCCGAAAAGAGUCGUGGCUGACUCGAAUGAUGACACUGGAAAGAAUACGAAUGGUGUGGCCACCAGGGGAAAACCUGUUGGCAUGGUGAACAAGGCAGCAGCUUUCGAGAGGGAUUUUCCGACUUUGGGUGCAGAGGAGAGGACAGUCACUCCUGAGGUCGGUAGAGUCCCGUCUCCUGGUUUGAAUGCCGCCAUUCAGAGCUUAUCUGCCAACUCAGCUUUGAUAGGUGGGGAGAAAUGGACAUCGGCCUUGGCUGAGGUUCCAAUGUUGGUUGGUAGCAACGGAGUCAAUUCAUUGCCUGUGCAACCUGCAACUUCGAGUUCGGCCUCUGUGGCAUCGAGCUCUACCAACAGUCUCAACAUGGCCGAAGCUGUAGCUCAGGGUUCUAGUCGUGCUCAAACCACUCGGGUAUCUGUCGGGACCCAGAGACUUGAAGAAUUAGUGAUCAAACAAUCCAGGCAAUUAAUUCCAGUGACACCAUCCCUGCCAAAAACAUUGGUGUCGAAUUCUUCAGAUAAACAGAAAAGUAAAGUGGGCCCACAGCAGCCCGUGAAGGGUGAUGUCCCGAAGGCACCACCCACCGUGAGUAAGCUCCAUGUGCUCAAGCCUGCAAGAGAUAAGAAUAGCAUCAUAACCCCUGUCUUGAAGGACAACCUGAGCCCAACAAAUCGGGCCUCGGACCGUAAGCCCGUAUCGACUGUGCUGGAGAAGCGGCCCACUUCCCAGGCCCAAAGCCGCAAUGACUUUUUCAAUCUCAUGAGGAAGAAGUCCAUGGAGAGCCCUUCUUCCCCUGCUGUUGACUCAGCUGUCAUGGAGAACUCGUCAUCAUCUCCUGUGGGCCCCGGUGCUGUUUUGUCGCCAACCUUUUCGGAUAAGAAUGCUGAGUUUGUAGAGGAAAAAGUCGAGAUGUGUAAUGUUGAUGGGAAAAAGUACAGGAGCUGUGAUCCGAUUAUAUCGGAGGAGGAAGAGGCUGCCUUUCUACGCUCUUUGGGAUGGGAGGAAAAUGAUGAGGAGGGUGGUCUUACUGAUGAGGAAAUAAGCUCUUUCUAUAGGGAUUUAACCAAGUACAUCAAUUCAAAACCAUCCCUCAAAAUACUGCAAGGUGUGCAACUAAAGUUUAUGCUGCCAUUGGAUUCACAAAUUAAGGUUACUGAUGAAAUUGCUGAUGCUAAGCUGGAAUCUUGAUUUCCCAAAUGUGCCGAGUUUCUUGUUUUGAUGUGAGAAGUCUGUUCUGCGUUUUCUUGGUCAACAUAUGUUUGCUGGGAGCCAAGUAAAUAUAAAAAGAUUGAUAGGUUUUUGCCCUUUUGCUGGUUAGGAAUAACUGAGGAUCAAUUCUGAUGAUCGAUUACUUCCGGUGAUGACCAUUUGUCACCCUUGAUGGGUCCUUAGCUUUUAUUUUUUCCUUUUUCGAGUCUAAAAAGAUUUGAGUAAAGAGAAUAGAUAGGGUUCUUUAAUCAAGAUCUGCUGGAAGACAUUGCUCCUCUGCAAAGUCUGGGUCUCUGACAGUUUUCGUGUCGUCUUCCCAAAUAGGGAUGGAUAUUGUUCAAACGAAUGAUUUAAUUUUUUAUUGUCUAUCAGAGGAUGGGGAGAAGAAAAAAGAAAGCAAGAAUUUAGUAUAAUCCGUAAUUUUUCUUCUUUUUUUUUUGGUCUUUUAUGAUUUAUUAAUAAUUUUUCCUUCAGCAUCUACUUGAAACUAGGUGCUCGAGCUGCACCUUCAUCUGGACCUUGAACUAUGAGGGAGAGAUAUUCUCCUUCCUUCCACACGCAAUAGCCAAAGUAGCCAUCUUCCCUCACACAAAAAGCUACUCUCUGUCUGAAAACUUCAAUGGCCGAGUGAAGCAUGUGCCUGAGAUCUCGCAAUGGCCGAGUGAAGAAAAUUCAAAGCCAAAUCCGGAAAGAAUGAAGACGACCGACGAGCGGCGGGAGAAGCCAAAUUACACGGACGAUGUUGACCUGGACCAUGUACAUUAGAUCCUGAUUGUCGAGUAUCGGGAAAAUCGAGGUCGAGGUUUUGUUUUGUGAUCUCUUAUGGCUUAAGAAAAUCUUGGUUCGAUGUUUGAUGAUGAUGAUGUCUGAAGGAGGAGUUUGAGUCUUUCGGUUCGGGGUUUGGGUUCGGUUUCAGAUGUAAAAUGGGGAUUGAAUGGAGUCUUUGUGGAGGGGUUUGAUGCACAGGCCAGUGGCAAUAGGAGUCUCAAGAGUGAGGAUUAUAAGGAGAAAGUAGAUGAGUUUGAAAGAUCUGUUUACCAAUGCCAUUUUUCUUUUUUCAUUUCUAUUUCCUUUCCAGAAUUGAAGGUUGAGAUAUUAAAUGUAAUGUUGAAAAUGAG